UCUCUCUGCCAACUUCAUCGAAGCGGCAGAACACAACAUUGGCUGCCGCAGGCGCAGCGUUGCAGUCGGUGCGAGUGCGUAUCAGCCGCGAGCUUCCUCAGACGCCACGCGCCCGAGUCCGAGCUGGCGUACGUGACGUGUCCCCAUCGGUGAAGCGAGUCUGAGUCUGAGUCCACGGCCGCCUCUCUUUCCCUGGAUUCACCUUCAUAAAAAGGCCCAGGAGGCGACGCCCUGGGAGGCCUCGUCAAAGGAAUCAGAACACCACGCCCGAGAUCGCGCGAUCCGCAACCAGACGCCAGGCUCCCGUACUUCGCGAUCCUAGUCGACUCCAUGGCGCACAAGCAGGCCUCCUCCUCGUCGUCGUCGUCGUCCACGGAGAUGCAGGCCGGCGGCGGCGCGGCGGCGCCGCUGUACUGCGCGAGCGGCUGCGGGUUCUUCGGCAGCGCCGCGACCAACAACAUGUGCUCCAAGUGCUACCGCGACCACCUCAAGGCCAUCGGAACGCCGCCCGCCGCCAAGGUCGAGGGGAAGAAGAAGAUAGCAACGACGGCCGACGUCGACGCCCUGAUCAAGGAGACCACGAGCUCUGCCGCCGCCGCCGCCGCCGCCGAUGUCCCUGCUGCUGCUUCUGCUGCUGGAGAGCCGGCCGCCCCGGCUGUCGCGGAGAAGAAGGCGGCGCCCAGCAGGUGCGUGUCGUGCAAGAAGAAGGUGGGGCUGCUGGGGUUCGCGUGCCGCUGCGGGGGCACCUUCUGCUCGCGACACCGCCACGCCGACGGCCACGCCUGCGACUUCGACUACAAGAAGGCCGGCCGCGACAAGAUCGCGCAGCAGAACCCCCUCGUCGUCGCGCCCAAGAUCGACAACAAGAUCUGAAGCAAGGCUAGAAGCAGGGGAUCGAGUUGUAAACGCAUAUCUGCACGGUUUCAGUUCUCUCGGUUUUUUUUUUCCUUUGUCCUUAAUUUCUAGCUAGAUCUUGCAGUAGCUCUUCGUUCUCGGUAGCUGGAUCUUCAGGUUACAGUUGAUGAUGUUUCUUUUGUACUUAUUACUUGUUCCUAGGGAUUGAUGUAAUUAAACAACUAGGUACCGUCAUGUUAUUCUCGUCAAAUUUCUUUGUGCUGCCAAUUUGGCAUCAGAGGUUUGCCUAUCGCAAAA